CUCGCGAGAGUAUGUUUUUGUUCGUCCAACAACUCUAUGGUCCUGUAGCAACCUAUUGUGUUGACUGUAAUGAACGUACUGCGUGUUGUCGCUCAGUUGAAUGUGUUAUUGACCUCCCUAUCCUCAGUCCAGAUGACACCCAUUUUUGUGUACGGUACGUUGAAGAAGGGUCAACCCAACUACUUCAGAAUGCUGGACAAGUCUAACGGGGCAGCUGCAUUUCUAGCAAAUGCUCACACCUUGGAGAGGUACCCUCUGGUGAUCGCUGGAGAACACAACAUCCCAUUCCUCCUCAAUAUUCCCGGAGAGGGCCAGCGGGUGAAAGGAGAAGUCUACAAUGUUGACCGUCAAAUGCUUGAGUUUCUGGACAGGUUUGAGGGCUGCCCAACCAUGUACCAGAGAACCCCAGUAAAGCUUGAGGUGGACGAGUUGGUCGGACAGGGAGAGAAGACCCUUUCUGGAGGAAGCACCAUCGAGGCAUUUGUCUACAGCACUACCACCUACCAACCAGACUGGCCCAAACUGCCCAAUUAUGAGAGCUUUGAUGCAUAUGGGGAUCAUGGACUUGUCUAUGUUGAAAGGGAGGCCAGAUAACAAAGCAACAUAACUAUAGGAAUGUGCUCAGUUUAUGCAAUUUUUUACAGAAAAUUUUAUGUAUGUAGUAGGAAUGUAUGUAAUGUAUCCUUUAAAAAAACCUCUGCUGACCAUUUAUUUACAGAUACGCUCUAGGGAAACAUUUCUUAACUUUGUGUCUCUUUAUAACUUAUUUAGAAACUGUAUACCAGUGUUUCUGAACUGUUAUAACCUCAGGACCCACAUUUUUUUCACGACUGGGGGGGGGGGGCAUUCCUUUCC